CUGACAAAUGUGACAACCGGAAGUUUACAAUGCAGAUUAGUAGCUAGCAGUGCCUCCAACAGAAUUACACUUUUCAGCGGUUUGUUUUCCACGUUUAGUUUACAACAAAAGCAACAAUGUCUGAAAGAAAAGUAUUGAAUAAAUACUACCCUCCGGAUUUUGAUCCAUCCAAAAUCCCCAAACUUAAACUCCCCAAAGAUCGACAGUAUGUGGUCAGAUUGAUGGCUCCGUUCAACAUGAGGUGUAAAACAUGUGGUGAGUACAUCUAUAAGGGGAAGAAGUUCAAUGCAAGAAAGGAGACUGUUCAGAAUGAACUGUACAUGGGACUGCCCAUCUUCCGUUUCUACAUCAAAUGUACUCGGUGUCUCGCUGAGAUUACGUUUAAGACCGACCCAGAGAACACAGACUACUCCAUGGAGCACGGUGCGACACGAAACUUCCAAGCAGAGAAACUUAUUGAGGAAGAAGAGAAAAGAAUCCAGCAGGAGAGGGAAGAGGAGGAACUGAACAACCCCAUGAAGGUGUUGGAGAACCGCACACGGGAUUCCAAGAUGGAGAUGGAGGUUUUGGAAAACCUCCAGGAGCUGAAGGAGCUGAACCAGAGACAGGCUCAGGUGGAUUUCGAGGGAAUGAUCGACAAGUACAGAGAGCUGGAGAAGAGGGAGAAGGAAAGGGAGAAAGAAGAGGAUGAGAGAGAAACAAAAGAGAUGUUGGAUCGUGUCCUUGUGAAAAGACUCAGAGACAGUGAUUCUGAGAGUGAGGAGGAGAGCAGCAGUACACAGUCACAGGGGUCCAGUACAGACAAACCAACAGACAUUCUCACCACUGACAAACCCACAGAGGCACAGGGAACCUCAGCUGGAGGAGUGAAGAGGGCCAAGGUGGAGAGCUGGGAGAGGAGUGUGGGGACGCUGAGUGGUGGUGGGGCACUAGGAUCCCUGGUUGUACGAAAGAAACCAGCAGCAGCUGUAAAUAAACCCAGUCCAGUGGCUGCGCCUGCUGCUCUCUCCUCACGAUCAGAUUCAAAGGCAUCGACUGCUGGCUCCACUAAUGCUUCAAAGCCUGUAACCACACAGAACGGCUCAUCAUCUCUCAGCCUGCUGGGGAUGUAUUCAGACAGCGACAGCAAUGACAGCGAAUGAGAGAACGAUGCUUGGGAUGGAUUUUGACUUGAGUGAUUGACACACCAUUGUAUGAAUGAUGCAGAAAGGAAUAUAUUAUAUAUGGACCUUAUUGCAAUCCUGUACAGAAGCAAAUGAUUACAAAUCAACAUGUUGGUGGGCAGCCAUUAGCAGGGAUAGUUUUGUCUGCUGUCCAUAUCCAGUGAAACAACAGUGUCCCUCGAUGUAUAUUUUAGUGUUUAUUAAAAUCUGUUUUGCUUUAA